AUGGGAAUACUUCUGUUCUAUCUCAUUGGACAAGCAGCAUAUUUGAUUAAACGAAAAUACUUUAAUAACAAGGAUAAAAGCCUACCAUAUUCAUCUUCUUCAUCAUAUAGCAUCAUGGAAAAAUCAAACUCGCCAAAUGCUCACCAUUGGGCCAGCUCAAUUGUCAACUCUGGCCCAAUUUCAAUCAUUGCAUACUGUUUAUCGUCCAUCUUGAUGACAGUUACCAACAAGUUUGUUGUUUCCGGGUUAAAUUAUAAUCUCAAUUUUCUCCUUUUAUCGAUUCAGUCGAUUGUUUGUGUGGCCACUAUUGCUACUUUGAAAAGCUUGAACAUCAUCACUUAUAGACCCUUCAAUAAAGAAGAAGCUAAGAAAUGGUUACCAAUUGUUGUUUUGUUGGUUGGUAUGAUUUACACUUCAACAAAAGCGUUGAAGUUCUUGUCGAUCCCCGUCUACACCAUCUUUAAGAACUUGACCAUCAUCUUGAUUGCUUAUGGGGAAGUCUUGUGGUUUGGCGGGAAAGUCACCACCAUGGCAUUAUCGUCAUUCUUGUUGAUGGUCUUUUCGUCGGUUAUUGCCUACUGGGGUGAUAACGCAGAAGUCAAGACGCACGAUGACCAAUGGGCCAUGUACUUGGGAUACUUUUGGAUGUUGACCAAUUGCUUUUCCUCGGCGGCAUUUGUCUUGAUUAUGAGAAAAAGAAUCAAGUUGACCAAUUUCAAAGAUUUCGAUACCGUUUACUACAACAACUUGUUGUCAAUCCCAAUCUUAUUGGUUUUGACCUUUGCAUUUGAAGACUGGUCUCCUGCCAAUUUGGAGAAAAACUUCCCCAGUGACAAUAGAACCGCCGUUAUUGUUGCCAUGAUUUUGAGUGGUGCCUCCACCGUGGCCAUCUCCUAUUGCAGUGCUUGGUGUGUGAGAGUCACUUCCUCAACCACUUAUUCCAUGGUUGGUGCUUUGAACAAGUUGCCAAUUGCCUUGAGCGGGUUGGUGUUUUUCGAAGCUGCUGUCAACAUUUGGUCGGUUUCGUCAAUCUUUGUUGGGUUCAUUGCUGGUUUGGUUUACGCCGUUGCCAAACAAAAGCAACAGAAAGAAGCCCAAACUUUGCCAACUACCAAGUAA